CCCGAUCUCAGUAUAUUCAUUUUACCAUUAUCGGCUCCCCAAUUCUCAUCCCUCUCAUCUCACCCCUCUGCCGUAUAUCAAUUUAUCAAAAAAAAAAAUUAUGAACCCCCAAAUCCACCGCCUACUGUCACAUGUGGCAGAUGACAUGGCGCCAACAAGGUGACAACAUGGCAGCAGCACAUGUGGCAUGCAUGGAAGACUAGUAGCAUAGAGAUGCUCCUAGGAUUCUCCACCAUAAUGUAGAGCUUUAUAGUGCACUUAUGAGUCACAUAAUGGUGACAUUGAUAGAGUGCAUAAUGGGGGGACUUAAUGGGGUGUAUUGAUGUAGUAGAGGGACUUUAUGAGGGGCAUUGAUGCCUUGUAUGUGGAGAGGCCUAUAUAAGGAGCCAUCUCCCUCAUUUGUACUCAUUCCAUCAUUUUUGAGAGUAAUACACACUAGAGAGUUCUCCCAAUCCUUUGUCUUUGUUCUUGUUCUUUGCUUGCUUGUGAGUUUGAGAGAAAGGCUACCUAGCGCUCUAACGGAAUUGAGAGCUAGGGCCGCACGAUCGAGAGUAAGGUCGUGACAAGUGGUAUCAGAGCCUGGUUGGGCUUUGUGCUAGCAAAGUUGAACCUAGAGCCAGAAGGAAAGGAAGAACCUCACCAAAGAUGACUGGAUCAGAAGUCCACGACGAUGCGGAGAAGCACCGUGGAAGGGAUACCGUGAAGAAUCCCAAACCAAAGGGUGACAAGUCAAGCACUCGUGAUCCUAUGACGUCUCUAGAGAGGCGUGUCUCUAGAAUGGAGGUGAAGUUGGCGGAAGACAUCAGUGCCAUCGAGGAUUUGGGAGCAAACUUCACCCAAGUCGAAAGCGAUUUUCAAGGUAUGAAUGCUCGUUUGUCGAGCUUGGAGAUUGGUAAUGAUGGCUUACGAGAAGAGCUUGUGGCCCUCAUCAACAGCACCAUCACCACAUCCUUGAACAACGCCAUUGGAGUUGUGAAAGAGCAAGUCCAGGCUGAGCUGGUCGGCGUGAAGGAGGAGAUUGCAGAUCUCAAGAGUGAGGUCACUCUCGUGAAGAGAGCCAUGGCUAGCGGACCAGCCACGGUGCAAUCCGUCCCACGUGCUGAUAUUCCAAGACCGAAGAGCUUCGGAGGUUCACGGAAUGCGAGGGAGUUAGAGAACUUCCUUUGGAGUCUUGAGCAGUACUUCAAGGCGUCCGGCAUCCAAGAGGAGGAGGUAAAGAUCCGUACCGCUCCACUAUACUUGGUUGAUGUUGCAAUGGUGUGGUGGAGGCGACGUGAAGCAGACGUCGAAAGAGGUACUUGUGUGAUGGUAACGUGGGAAGAUUUCAAGAGAGAAAUCAAGAGGCAGUUCUACCCAGAGAACGUGGAGUUUGAAGCCCGUUCAAAGUUGAGAAGACUCACCCAGAGGGGUGGAGUUCGAGAAUACGUGAAAGAAUUCUCGGAGCUGCUUCUAGAGAUCCCGGACAUCACGGACAAGGAGGCCAUGCACGGCUUUCUUGAUGGGCUGCAACCAUGGGCCAAGAUGGAGAUGCAACGUCGAGGAGUGCAAGACCUUGCAACUGUCAUGGCCACGGCGGAGUCUUUUGUCGAGUACAAACGACAAGAGAGCAGCGGCAAAGAGAAGAGUUCGAAGCCCAACAAGGGUGGAGAACAGCAGAAGCCUUUCAAGGAGGGUUCUCGCACUCAACAACACCAAGGUGGUUCGAGCAAAGGGGGUAAGUACGAGCCAAAACCCAUGACUUGUUUCCUUUGCGACGGACCACAUCGAGUGCGAGAUUGCCCAAGGAAGGCGAGAUUAGCAGCCAUGGAAGCUCAAGAUGAGGAGCCCAAGGCGGCGGAGGCCAAGAUUGGCUCAAUCCGCAAGCUUGGCGCGGCGAAGACCGACGUCAAGGAGAGCAAGCGGGGGAGGUGCUAUGUUCUGGCGCAAUUCAUGCAAGGCGAGUCAAAAGCCUUGGUGGAUACCGGUGCCACGGACAACUUUCUUCGCGUCGAGGAGGCAAACCGGCUGGGUAUUGCCUACGAGAAGGGGCAAGAGAGGCUCAAGACGAUCAAUUCGGAGUCCAUCCCGAUCCAUGGAGUUGCUCACAACGUACCAAUGAAGCUUGGCGAGUGGGAAGGCCUCAUCGACUUUUCCGUCAUCACCAUGGACGAUCACCCAGUCAUCCUCGGCAUCCACUUCCUCGACAAGGAGGGAGUGCUUUUGAAGCCCAACUCCAACACGAUGUGCUUGGAGAAGGAAGGGGAGUUCCAUGCUGUUCAUCUCUUGAGAGAAGAUGGUCCCCAUAGUGCUCUAUCGGCCAUGCAAGUGGUGAAGGGGUUCAAGAAGAAUGAACCAACCUUUCUUGUGUCCUUGAAGAUGGAGGAAGAAGGAGGCUCAACGGGAAUCACAACUCCCAUCAUCGAAGGUGUCCUCGAAGAGUUCGAUGAUGUGAUGCCAUCGGAGUUGCCCAAGAAGCUGCCACCAAGAAGAGAGGUGGACCACAAGAUCGAGUUGGAGCCAGGAGUGAAGCCCCCUUCGCGAGCACCAUACCGCAUGUCGCCACCGGAGUUAGAAGAAUUGCGGAGGCAACUCAAGGACUUGGUGGACGCAGGCUACAUGCGGCCAUCGAAGUCACCUUUUGGAGCACCGGUGCUGUUCCAAAAGAAGAAGGAAGGGUCGUUGCGGAUGUGCAUCGACUAUAGAGCCAUCAACAAGUUGACGGUGAAGAACAAGUGGCCGAUUCCCAACAUUGCUGACUUGUUCGACCAGCUUGGAGAUGCAAUGUGGUUCACCAAGCUAGAUCUUCGCUCGGGCUACUAUCAAGUGCGGAUAGCAGAGGGCGACGAGCCAAAGACGGCUUGUGUGACGAGGUAUGGCUCUUACGAGUUUCUUGUGAUGCCAUUCGGUCUCACCAACGCACCAGCCACGUUUUGCACUUUGAUGAAUCAAAUGUUCGAGCAAUUCUUGGACCGGUUUGUCGUGGUCUACUUGGAUGACAUCGUCGUGUAUAGCAAAACACUCGAUGAGCAUGCCGAACACCUACGCCAAGUCUUCCAAGUCCUUCGCGACAACGAGUUGUACGUCAAGAGGGAAAAGUGCACAUUUGCCGCCACGGAGGUUCCAUUCUUGGGACACGUUAUUGGUGGAGGCAAAUUGAAGAUGGAUGGAGCGAAGGUGCAGGCAAUCCAAGAAUGGGAGCCGCCGACGAAGGUGCCAGAAUUGCGGUCAUUCCUCGGCCUUGCCAACUACUAUCGGAGGUUUAUCAUGGGCUACUCCGACAUUGCAGCACCCUUGACGGAUCUCUUGAAGAAGAACAAGGCAUGGGAUUGGUCGGAAAGGUGCCAGGAAGCAUUCGAGGCCUUGAAAGCAGCGGUGAUGAAGGAGCCCGUGCUCGUGCUCCCCAACCCGACGUUGGCCUACGAAGUGCAGACCGAUGCGUCCGACUUCGCGAUUGGAGGAGUGUUGAUGCAAGAUGGGCAUCCCAUUGCCUUCGAGAGUCGGAAGCUCAGCGAGACGGAGAGACGAUACACCGUUCAAGAGAAGGAAAUGACGGCCGUGGUGCAUUGCUUGCGCACAUGGAGGCACUACUUGUUGGGGUCAAAGUUCGUUGUGAAGACGGACAACGUGGCAACGAGCUACUUUCUGACGCAGAAGAAGCUCACCCCUAAGCAAGCAAGGUGGCAAGACUUUUUGGCCGAGUUCGACUUCGUCAUGGAGUACAAUCCAGGCAAGGCGAAUUCCGUUGCCGAUGCUCUUAGCCGCAAGAGUGCAGCCGCAAGCAUCAGCCAGCCCACGUUUCCUUUGAAGGAGCGGAUCGUUGAAGGCCUUGGCCAUGACCCCUUCGCCAAAACCGUAGCGGAGUACAUUGAGCAAGGUAAAACUCGGCAGUUUUGGAUGAAGGAUGGGCUCAUCGUGACCAAGGGAGAGCGGAUGUUCGUGCCAAGAUGGGCCAACUUGAGGAAGGAGAUCAUGAAGGAGUGCCAUGAUUCCAAGUGGGCGGGCCAUCCCGGCAUCGAGAGAACGCAAGCGCUCAUCGAAGAAGCAUAUUUCUGGCCGCGUAUGAGAGACGACGUGGAGAUGUAUGUGAAGACUUGUCUUGUGUGCCAACAAGACAAGAUGGAGCAGAGAAGCCCGGCAGGCUUGCUAGAGCCCUUGCCCACGCCUCAACGACCAUGGGAGAGUGUGAGCAUGAACUUCAUCAUUGGACUUCCCAAAGUCGAUGGAUGCGGUUGCAUCAUGGUUGUGGUGGACAGAUUCUCGAAGUAUGGAGUGUUCAUUCCUGGGCCAAAAGACUUAACGGCGGAGGAUGCGGCACGGCUAUUCUUCAAGAACGUGGUCAAGUAUUGGGGCAUUCCUAGCAGCAUCGUGAGCGACAGAGAUGGGCGCUUCACGGGCAGAUUUUGGCGAGAGUUGUUCAAGAUCAUGGGCUCAAACUUGAACUUCUCGACGGCAUUUCAUCCUCAAAGCGACGGACAGACGGAGCGGGUGAAUGCCUUGUUGGAAGUGUACUUGCGGCACUACGUGAGUGCAAACCAACGAGAUUGGGUGAAGUUGAUGGACACGGCGCAGUUUUCCUACAACUUACACCGCAGCGAGUCGACCAACACGAGUCCAUUUGAGUUGGCGACGGAGCAACAACCUUUGACACCUACGACGGUGGCAACGGGGUAUAGAGGCAACAGUCCGGCAGCCUACAAGUUCGCUAAAGGUUGGCACGAGAAGAUGGAGAUGGCCAAGUCUUACUUAGCCCGCGCUAGUAAGAAGAUGAAGAAAUGGGCGGACAAGAAGCGGCGGCACUUGGAGUUUGAAGAGGGAGACAUGGUGAUGGUCAAGUUCUACCCUCAUCGCUUCAAGCAUCUCAAGAACGUGCACAAGGGACUGCUUCGCCGCUAUGAAGGGCCAUUCCCCAUCAUGAAGAGGAUUGGCAAUGUGGUAUACAAGGUAGAGCUGCCGACGCACUUGGAGAUCCAUCCGGUCUUUCAUGUGAGCCAACUCAAACCUUACCACGAAGACAAGGAGGACGAGCAGCGAAGGGAGCCGCAGCGCGCACCAACACUCGUCACCAAGACACACGACCAUGAAGUCGAAGAAAUCAUGGCGCGUCGUGUCAUUCCUCGUCGCGGCAUACAUCCAAGCUUUGUGGAGUACUUAGUCAAGUGGCGCAACCUUCCGGAGAGUGAAGCAACAUGGGAGAAAGAGCUCACGCUUUGGAAGAACAAGGACUUGAUCGAGGCAUUCCAUCAAGAGGACGCGACGAGGGCGUCGCGAGCAUAGGUGGGGGAGGAUGUCACAUGUGGCAGAUGAAAUGGCGCCAACAAGGUGACAACAUGGCAGCAGCACCUGUGGCAUGCAUGGAAGACUAGUAACAUAGAGAUGCUCCUAGGAUUCUCCACCAUAAUGUAGAGCUUUAUAGUGCACUUAUGAGUCACAUAAUGGUGACAUUGAUAGAGUGCAUAAUGGGGGGACUUAAUGGGGUGUAUUGAUGUAGUAGAGGGACUUUAUGAGGGGCAUUGAUGCCUUGUAUGUGGAGAGGCCUAUAUAAGGAGCCAUCUCCCUCAUUUGUACUCAUUCCAUCAUUUUUGAGAGUAAUACACACUAGAGAGUUCUCCCAAUCCUUUGUCUUUGUUCUUGUUCUUUGCUUGCUUGUGAGUUUGAGAGAAAGGCUGCCUAGCGCUCUAACGGAAUUGAGAGCUAGGGCCGCACGAUCGAGAGUAAGGUCGUGACACUACCCAUAGGCCAUAGCAAAGAGAACCAUAUAUGCGCCAUUGCGGAUAUUGAAUGAAUACACUUUUAAUUUUUAGUCUUAUCAUAUGCAUCAUUAUAGUUUGUAGGUAGUUGGUUACAAUUUCUUUUAAUAUGUCAAUCAAUAAUUUGUAAAUUAUAAAUAAAAACUUGUAAGGUCAACCAUUCUCAAUUAGAAGCACUUUAAUUUUCACUCUAGAUUAAAGAACUAUUUCAGUAAUUUAUUCAUUUUUCUCCCAGAAUGGCCCCUAUUGUACUAUCCCUCCGACCAUCAAUGUCAGAGGACCGAAUUUUUUUAUUAGAGUCAGAAGGUCGGAUUAGCAUAAAGUGUAAGAGUGUGAUAAGGUGCCAGCUGGUAGAAGGUCUCUGAUUGGAAAAAUCAGGCUGGUAAAAGCUCAAUUUAUGGCCUUAAAACAAUCGACUAACUUUGACAAAAACGGAUGGAGUCGAAGCAAAAUUCAAUAGAAUCGACAAUACUGUUUCAGAAACAUUGCUUAGAUUUAGCUAGUAUGAGAAAAUCCCAAAAUCUUAAGCAAGUUUCAUUUGGAGGGACUUCCCAUAGGGGAUAGCUAGGAUUACCAUAUCCCUACUUCCUAAGGUUGUAAGUCUAGCCCUAGAUAUCCACUGAUUCAGGCCGACCUGACCUUGAGGGUUAGCUUGUGUCAGUUUAGAGUUAGGUCAUCUUAUUAUCCUGUAUGUCGGGUCAUUUUUUGUUCCUAUGACCCAUAGCAAGAACUAGUGGUCUAUAUGAUACUUCUUAUAUAAACACAUAAAGUUACCAGCAAAAUUUAGGUAAUAUAAUACAAGGUAAAGAAAUAUUAAGGUACUAAAAAUGUAAUAUUACCAGCCUAAUUAAUGGACUUUUUGUAAAAACAUAAAGUUAAGAUACUAAAUUGUUAGAAAAAAUAAGUUUUAGUACAAAAAUGCAAUUUUCAAGAAACAAUGUGUUAAACCUGGCAAAUUACGGCAUAUGAUCCGUUGUCCUGGCCCGAACCUGCCCAAAAAAUAGAAGUUGUUAUAAUCUGAAAUCCGAAUGACCCAAAUCUGAAUAACCCGCUAUUUUUUGGGUCGGGUUGGGUGGUUAGCGGGUCGAUCCAUUAGACCCGUUCCAUUUCAUAUGUCACUCCCAAAAUUAUAAAAUUACUCAUGAAUUGGUGUGAUGUUUAAAAAAUACACAAGGGUUUGAAAGACAUGUUUGGAGUUUAAGAAUAAUCAAAUAUGGUGGCUACUUCGGUGCACUCACUUUUUUGGGUGCAUUCAGUGCACCCAACUAUAAAGAUGGUCAUAGUACAUCAAAAUUUGAACUUUAAUUGAUAAAAUUAGUGUAAUACUAUGAUAUAAAAUAAAAUCAUAACCAUCCAACCCAUUGCCCUAACAUCUUGACUUUCAAUUUUGAAUUCCAACCUAAAACCCGAAAUUGUAAACCUAAACCAUAACCCUAAAUCUCUAAACCCUAUAUCAUUGAAAUUAAAGUAAAUCUUGAAUG